CACCACUCCGCAAAAGUAUCAUGAUCGUCCACUUUUCUCUCGCCGCGUACGGUUCGGUGUAGUGUUGGUUGUCAGUUUCGUGCAAGCAGAAUUUUUUUCGUGGUUAUGUUCAUCUAAAUAGAGGAAAUUUCGACCCGACUUCCCGUGCAGCAUAAAGUUGAUUAGAGCCUGCAUCCGAAGUGAUAAUUUUUACGGGCGUAGAAAAGCGAAAGUGGACCAUUUUGGGCGCAUCGGCGAUUCGGCCAAAAACGUGGUGAUGUAACGUAGUGUGUGCUGCCCGUGAUACGUUCUUGGAGAGUGCAAAGAAAAAGAAGUUUCGGAGAUCAAAAAUUUCCUUCACUUGAUAUUACACAGAGGUACGUUCGAGGUGGUUUCUCUCGGGCACCUUAGGAAUAUCGUUCGCUGCCGCUGCUGGUGGAAUUUUUUCCCCCUUCUAGAAGCCAUUGCCGUUCGAUUGCUUCUAUGGCGCAGUAAACUCGACGUGGUGAUUUUGCAAUUUUUCGGAAUUUGACAUGGAUUCAGCAGCAUUCACGAUCUGGGACCCAUCCCAGCCGAAUGCCAAGAUGAAGAUUAUUAACAUACCCGGGCAGGGCCCGGCACAGUUAAUCGAAACAGUUUCCAACAUUGGCGGAGCGUCUACAUCCGGCCAAGCGGAGCAAAUUAUACUGCAAACCCACGACGGGCAAGAAUUCCUGGUGGAUGAAAAUGAGAUCGGUCGGAUAGAUCAGAUUCCGCCGGAAAAUCUGAUCUACAUGGCCGCCGACGAUGGUUCUCUUAUUCAAGGCGAAGUGGUACACGUUCAGUCGGAUGAUAUCCAUCAGGAAGUGAUACAGCAGGAUCAAGAAUACAUGGAAUGUGAAGUGACGGAGGAAGUCAUCACCGAUGACUGGGUGCAGACAGACGGUCAGGAGUGUGUACAGGUCACCGUCGAUCAGCUGGGAGCUACAGCCGUGGUAGGGUCAGCGGAGGAUGACCUGGCGGUACCACUUCCGACGGAUCAGGAUGAAUAUACGACAUCCCGCCCGUAUCCGUGUGACUUCUGCCGGCGCAGGUUUAGGAAGAAAGCCAAUUUAAUGAACCACAUAAUAGCACAUUCGAACGAUAGGCCACACGUGUGCAACCUGUGUGGAGCACAGUAUACGAGGCGAAGCGACCUGCUGAAUCAUUUGAAACUGCACGCCUACGUGCCGGAUGACCACGAGGAAUCACUGAGAAAUGAUCCGGAUGAAUAUGAAUACGACUUGUCGGGAUCUCCUUCACCCGACCUGAAACGACGAUCGUUCUCCGAAGACGAAGAUGACCUUUUGAUUCCGGUUCCGACGCAAUUCAUGGCUCCUCCACCAGCACCGCUACCGCGAGUUCCGAAGAAGCCGCGGGCAAAACCCAGUGGAAGUUCUGCAAGAUCCGGCAAAAAAUCAUCCACCUCAACGAGUCGAUCUCGGCAGUCCCAGGCCCAGCGACAUCAGGAAACCAAAUUCAAUCCUUCGGUGGAACCUUUCGUCAACCUGCCGCCUCGCUUUCCGGUGAUCGACGAUCGAAAGCCGUUCGUUUGUCAAAAGUGCGGCGUCUCGUUCGCCCGGGAGAAAGCACUUGCCUCGCACGCCCGCAUCCAUGGAGGAGAUUCUCCGUUUGACUGCGAAACGUGCGGCCAUCGAUUCUGGGACCGAGUGAUGCUGCAGGAACAUAUAAGGCAACGACAUGCAGCCAAUUUGGUCGCUGCCCCAUUGGAGGAAGCCGGUAUCCCUAGUGUAAUGACCAUCACUCGGGAUGAAGCUGAUCAGGGGAGUUCCAAUGAGGAAGAAGUCGAAGGCCAAUACUACUGCGACAGCUGCGGGACAAUGUUUCAGCGACGGGAACUACUGAAACGGCACAUCAAGCAAGUUCAUGCCGUUCGGGAGCAAAAGUAUGAACCGAUUAGUCAGAUUGUCCGCCAACGACAGCAGCAUCAAAAGCAGAGAUUGGAAGAGGAUGACAACGAAGAAGAAGAAGAUACGGAAAACCAGUACGAAGAAGAAACUGAAUCGCAACAGCCGCUGUCUUGCAACGUGUGUGGAGAUACAUUUGUGGAAGCACUGGAUCUGCUGGCUCAUGCGGAAGUCCACGCACGGUUCGAACCGUACAAGUGUCAACUUUGCCGGGAAACUUUUCUGGACGAAAAUGCUAUCAAGGAACACGUCCAAAAACAGCACAGCCAGGAACUGACCGAUACUUCGUGCGUGGUUUGUGGAAAACUUUGCAAGAACCAUGCAGCUCUGCUGAAACAUGCCUGGGAGCAUUCGCGCGAGCGGACCAAGCUGUUUGGGUCACAUUGUUGUUCGAAAUGUGGCAAAACGUUCCACAACAAGGCCCGCCUCAAACGGCACAUGGUUUCCCAUCGAAACAAAUCGGUCCGUUGCGAAAUUUGCCAGGAAGAAUUCCCCGAUGGACGCAGCCUGAUGAACCACCGGCAUUCGCACACCAAAACCCGGCAAUUUCCUUGCCACGAGUGUGGAAAAACUUUCGGUUCGCGAUCUUCACAGCAAAUUCACCUGAGGAUUCACUCCGGAGAACGGCCCUACGGAUGCCGCUUCUGCUGGAAGGCCUUCGCCGAUGGAGGAACCCUGCGCAAACACGAACGUGUUCACACCGGAGAAAAACCCUACGGUUGUUCCGUGUGUCCCCGUGCCUUCAACCAGCGAGUGGUGCUGAGAGAGCACAUUCGAUCGCACCACUCUGCAUCGGAUGCUAAACGGGGCACCGCUACGCAGCCGUAUUUCUGUUCCGUUUGCACGCAACUGUUCGAAACGUCGAUGGAACUGAUACAGCAUUUGAUCCAGCACAGUGAUAUGAAUACGGCGAUGAAGCGGCAACCGCCAACCUUCCCGAGGAAAUACAAACGAAGAAGGAAGCUCAAAACCGAUGACACGGAGCAGGUGAAAUACGGCAGCAAAGGCAAGAAGAAGGAAACCAAUGUAACCUACGAAGAAACCGAACAGGGAGCUAUGGAUGAUGAAGAUUUGCUGAAAAAUCCGGCUGAAAUACUACUGGAGUACGGUGCUGGCACCUCGAACAAAAAGCUGAUUGCAUCCCCCAAAUACAUCAACUCGUACGAUCUACUGGCUUCAACAUCCGCAGAACAUAACAAACCAUCGACCGUAGACGAUAAUGGCAUCAAUUUGCUUAGCAACAUCGUAGUGGUCACCAACCCUGGCACCAGCACCGAUAGAACAUUCAAAUUUAUAAAAACGGAAUCUCCCAAAGGACGCGGAGGGAAACAAACAACGCCACCGGCUGGAACAUCCGGUAAUCAUCCUCCUGGGUCAUCCACAUCCGGAUCGCGCCCCCGAAUGAUCCACACCCAAAAAACACGAGUAGCAGUCAACGACGGAAAGCGUAAAACGAAAACCGUCAUCACCAAAGACAUCAAGAGCCACCCGGAAGGUGCGUCCACUCCGUACUCCACCUUGGAAUUCAAACGCUCCAAAAACCGCACCGUUCCGACGUACCGGGAAAUCCCGUCAGACAAAAUAUCCUCGGAAAGUUUCCCCCUGCUGGACGACGGUCGGGAAGACGACGGCGACGGGGACGAUCAAUCCGACUCCAACCAAGACGCUCUGGAAGCGUUAUCCAGUUGCAACAGCCAACGCCACAAGCAAGAAGUGCCCAACUACGAAGAUCUCCUGAACCAGAACCUCCUGAUGGAAAUCUCCCGCAAGGAUAAAUACAUCGACAAAUACAACAGCGACAUCGUGAACGACCUGGAGGAAAUCCUUCGUUCCCCCAUCAAAAACUCCAACAACAAUGUGCCACCAGCGGUCAUCAUGGCCACACCGAAAGCUAGUCACUACAGCAACAACAACAGCCAAGACGAACAGUACGACGAGGAUGAUUCUACGUUCACCGCCGACGAACCGGAGGAAAAACCACGGAAAGCCUCCCGCAAACAGCAGCUGAAGAAAAUCAGCAAAGAAUCCGCACAGCAAUCGCUCACAUCAGCCCUCCGCAGUCAGCGGCUAACCCGACGCCAGCUGGAACGGGAAGUCAAUUUCCUACGGGAAGCCUACACCCCGGACCCGACGAACUCAGCUAUGCGGAUCAAGCAGGAAAAAGGGAGCCCGGAUAAGCUUUCCGCCAUGCUGCUGAACGACAUUCAAAGUUCUUCUUCCUCUUCGGCUUCCAUGGCUUUGAUCAACCCGAAACAGGAACCGAUGUCGGAUGCUCAGGCUGAGGAACCACCGGCACCUCCUGCUCCAGUACACAUAUUUCAGUGCGAAAUGUGUUCGGCCGUAUUCAACGAACGCUCUCAGCUCUUGCUGCAUGUACCGGUUCACAUCUGAUAAAAACAAAUCGCCGAAUUUCAGGACAAGAUAACCAAUCAUUUGUUUCACUUUCCCGAACGUUGUUCAGGAUAAAUGUACCCUUAAGUUUGGAAAGUGAUUGUAAAAAAAUAAAGUUACAACGUUGAUUGAAAAAUGGUUGAAGAUGUUAAUUUUGAAAUUA